UUAGUGUGCAUGUGGUUUUCUCUCUCUCAACGAUUUGUGGGUCAGCAAUUCGCAAGUUGCGAAAAAAUUUAAUUAACUUUUGAUACAAACGUGACUUACUUUUUCAAAGUUGAUUUAAUAAAAAAAAAAGAAUGAGUGAUACCGAAGACUACGAGGCGAUCCGCCAAAAAAACAUUGCCGAACGCAAUGAAUUUAUGAAACAAUUCUUAAAAGACAUCGGUGAGGACAUCGAGGAGUUCAAGAAACUGGAAAAAAACAAGCCAAUAAGCCAUAAAGACAAGGAGAACAGAACACCGACAUCGAAGAAACGAAAACGGAGUUCAAGCGAUCAAAAAUUUACUAGGACGAAAUCUGUCAGGCUUGAGUUCACCAGAAAGUACAAUACAAGAAGUGGAAAAAGAAAGCUGGAGAAUGGAGAGAACGAGGAGACGGACAUACAGGAUCUGUACAAUGACAAGGACAUUAUUGUUUCUGAAAAAAAAUCUAGCUUGAAGGUAAUGUUCCCGUGGUCUAGGCCUGUACAGAGGGACCUCGACUUGAUGAAUUUAGACUUUAGCGACAAUGAUGACGAUGAAGAGGAUCACAGUGGAUCUGACAGCGAAUUGUUUCGGCCCAAGAAAAAAAGAGUCGUUAAUAUUUCAAAGUCUUCGUACGACCCUAGCACUAUUCCUUCUCCUGAUGAGAUCACUGAGAGGAUGUUGAAGGGUAUUGCUGUCAAGGCUACUAAUAAAACUUACGAUGCUGUAAAUGGGACAUCCUGUCAUCAAUGUAGACAGAAGACUAAGGAUACCAAGACUGUGUGCAGGUCUGGAGAAUGUAUUGGCAUCAGAGGACAAUUCUGCGGGCCUUGUCUGCGUGGAAGAUAUGGAGAGUCUGCACACGAAGCUCUUAAAGAUCCACACUGGGCUUGUCCACCAUGCAGAGGUCUGUGCAACUGUAGUAUCUGUAGAACAAAGAACGGUCAGCGACCAACUGGUAUUUUAGCUCCGAUCGCGAAAGAGGAAGGCUACAACUCUGUUAAGGAUUACUUGGAAGCCUGUGAAGAUUAAUGCUUGCAUCAUUUAUUGAUUUUUUUACUUGUUUUUGUCAAAAGUUUAAGAUAAAUUAUUGAUGUCUGUUCAAGAGACGGAUAUAUUAUUCGAUCCCAGAUACUAUUUUUGUAAAAGAAAAAUCAUAUUGUAUGUAUGUAAACUUGUAAAAUGUGAUAUGCCGUGGUAAGCUGAACCGACCUUACACUUUUUAAAGUUACCCAUAAUUGUAAGUAAUAAUUUUAUAAUCUUAUUGGAUUUGUAUUUUCAGUACUCAUUUCAACUGAAUAUUCUGUUACAUUUGUGCUUUUUUUCUUUUUACACAUUUAUAUUGAAAUCAACCUGUCCAA